AUGGCUGGAGACCGCCAAAUAGACGGGCAGGUGGGGAGAACGGCGCUGAUCCGUGUGGAACGGCGUGGAUCAGAAACGGUGCAGGAAAAGCAUAUCCAGGAAAAACAGCAGGAGGACGAGAAACGGAGUGAAUAUGAGCUGGAGGACCUUCCACAGAAGUCAACGUUGCCAGAGUUCUUUAAAAAGAUUGAAGAGCUGCGGAACAUGAUUCUGCAGAUCAAGGAGAAUGUGUCACAGAUUGAGCGCCUCCACCACCGGCUGCUGAAUGAGAUUUCAGAGGAGCAGACAGAGUUUCUUCACGGGCAGCUGGAAGAACUCAAGACACGGACACGGCAGAUGCAGAAUUUGGUGCGGGACGACAUCAAGACGCUGGAGAAGAAAAACAAGGGGCUAGUGCCGAAGAGUGAUCUGCAAAUUCGGGUGAUCCAAACGAGCAAUAUAAGGAAGAAGUUUUUGGACUCGAUCCAGCACUACUCGGGGGUGGAAAGCACGUUUAACCAACGCUACCGACAGAGACUGUCGCGGCAGAUGGAGACAGUGAACCCGGGGAUUACACAGGAGGAGAUUGAGUCAGCGCUAAACGAUGAUAGGGGGCUGCAGGUCUUUAGCCAGGCGCUGUUGCGGAGCAAUCGGCACGGAGAGGCACGCACCGCACUGCGGGAGGUUCAGGAGCGGCACCAGGACAUAAAACAGAUUGAACAGACGAUUUCAGAGCUGGCAGAGCUAUUUAAUGAGAUGAGUAUACUAGUGGAUCAGCAAGAUGAGCCGCUGCAGACUAUUUUGCAGCAAGCGGAAGCGGUUCAUACAAAUAUCGAGCAGGGAGUCCAACAUCAGGACAAGGCAAUUGCAAAUAUACGUGCAGCACGGCGCAAGAAAUGCUACUGUUUCGGGUAA